AUGGAGAGUUACGAAGAAAAACGGGAAGUUGAGGAUGAAGAACAAGAAGAGGCUUUGUCACUCUGUGAUUUGCCUGUGAAUUUGAUUGAAGAAAAGGAAUUGAAAAAUGAAGAAAAUGGUGAACCAUCACAAGAAGAAGAUUUCAACUUCGGUUCAUGGCCUGGCCAUGGUGGUUCGUUUAGGUCCGAGCCAGAAAUGUGUGUAGCUGAUGAAGUGUUCUUCCAAGGCCAAAUCUUACCUUUGCGUCACUCAGUGAGUUCCGACACCGGGUUCCGUCGUCAUGACAGCCACAACAUGUCCCGGUCCUUGUCGAGGUCAGAAUCCAUGGACCAUGGUUCAUUAAGUAGGUUCACAAGUGUUAGUAGCAGUAGCACUAGAAGCAGUAGCCAUUACUCAACGAGUAGUACUAACUCGAAAUCCGGUAUGAAAAUCCGAAACAACUUCAACACACACCCGAGCCCAAAACCUCAAAUCCGAUCAACCCGAACCGCCGUCAACAGUCGAAUCCAACGAUCAUCGUCGAUGUGGGAUUUUUUCAAGAUAGGUUUGGUUCGAGCACCGGAACUCGGGUUACAAGACUUGAAAAUGAAACCUCGAAAUAAAAAUUCCGUCAGUAGAAACAGCAGUUGUAAUAGCAGUAACAGCAGUUCAAGCACCAAGCUCGUUAACAAUGGCAGCUCCACCGCCGAAGUUUCGAAGAACCAGCAAGAAUCAAACAAAGGGUUAGUAGAAAAACGAAUGGGGUUGUUCAGUGGGUGUACAUGUUCAGUUAAUGCAGUUGAAACAGUUCCAUUGAACAACAACAACAACAUCAAGAACAGUGACAAAGACAAAACAACAUCGCAUGCUGCUGCCGCCAUUGAAGAUAAAAAGAAGAAAAAACAAGCUUUGUCUCGUCAUCGAACAUUUGAAUGGAUAAAGGAACUUUCACAUGCAACAAGUUAUGUUGACGAAGCUUAA